AGCGCCCCCUGACAGCAUGACCAUUUCAGCUCACAAGUGUUGCAUACAUUUGAAACUAUAGGGUGUGUUGACGCUGCAGUGGUUGCAUCCACUCGCCAACUCAACAAGUUAACGUUUGGAAUAAUCAAAUGAUGUCACAUCCGCUGUGAAGGUCGCCUUGGUAGUGUUGGAUGCUCUCACGCGCUGUCUGCUGAAUCCUCAUGCGCGUGCGGUCGUAACUUUGGGCAGCGCGCGCUCAGUAUUGGCUGCACGCGGGAGCUCGCGCGGCGGAGCCGCACGGUAAUGAAUGUGGAUCAAUCCGCCCUGUUCUGUUCGGGCAUCAUCUGCCACGCUGAGGACGUGAUAUUAACGCCAGAAAAGUGCGAUAGAACCGUGACAGCAUGAUCCUUCUGUUCGGUGCGUUAAAUCCCCUGCUUUUCCUCAUUGUCUUCGGACUGUAUCCAUCCAUGACGAUUGGUCCCAAGGAAGGAUGGCAGGUGUAUAGUUCGGCUCAGGAUGCAGACGGACGCUGUAUCUGCACUGUGGUCGCACCGGAACAAAACCUCUGCUCCAGGGAUGCCAAGAGCAGACAGCUCCGACAGCUGCUGGAGAAGGUGCAGAACAUGUCUCAGUCCAUUGAAGUCUUGAAUCUGCGCACGCAGCGCGAUUUCCAGUACGUCAUGAAAAUGGAAAAUCAAAUGAAAGGGUUACGGACCAAGUUCCAGCAAAUUGAAGCAGACAGGAAAACUAUAAUGGCUAGAAACUUUAAGGAGCUGAAAGAUCGUAUGGAUGAACUCCAGCCAUUGAUUCCUGUGCUGGAGCAGUACAAAACAGAUGCUAAGCUGAUCUCUCAGUUCAAAGAGGAAAUCAGGAAUCUGUCUGCUGUGCUGACGGGUAUCCAGGAGGAGCUGGGAGCUUAUGACUACGAGCAGCUCUAUCAGAGAGUCCUCAGCCUGGAUAGCCGUCUACGAAACUGCAUGAGCAAACUCACAUGUGGGAAAUUAAUGAAAAUCACCGGCCCUGUGACUAUAAAGACAUCGGGAACGCGGUUUGGCGCAUGGAUGACCGACCCUCUAGCAUCUCCGAGAAAUAACCGGGUUUGGUAUAUGGACACUUACACCAACAGCAAGGUGGUUCGAGAGUAUAAAAACAUUGAAGACUUCAUCUCCGGCCUGGAAUCGCGAACCUAUUACCUUCCCUUUAAAUGGGCUGGAACCAACCAUGUGGUCUACAACGGCUCUCUGUACUACAACAAAGAGCAAAGCAACAUCAUUGUCAAAUACAGCUUCGAGACCGGACGGGUUCUCGCCCAACGUGCCUUGGAGUACGCCGGCUUCCACAACGUCUACCCCUACACCUGGGGAGGCUUCUCAGACAUCGACCUCAUGGCGGACGAGCUGGGUUUGUGGGCUGUAUACGCCACCAAUCAGAAUGCAGGAAACAUUGUGAUUUCUCAAUUAGAACCGCAGACGCUGGAGGUUCUCCAGACGUGGAACACGGAAUACUCCAAAAGGAACGCAGGCGAGUCUUUCAUGAUCUGCGGCACGCUGUACAUCACCAAUUCCCAUCUGACCGGCGCCAAGGUGUAUUAUUCCUACAACACAAAGACCUCGACGUAUGAGUACAUGGACAUUCCAUUCCACAACCAGUACUUUCACAUUUCCAUGCUUGACUACAACGCUCGAGAACGGGCACUUUACGCCUGGAACAAUGGACAUCAGGUCAUUUUCAACGUCACGCUUUUUCAUGUCAUCAAAACCGAAGAUGAUUCCUAAUGGACGUAUGGAUAAAAGAAAGGAGGACAAUACAGUUUGAAUUUAUUCUGUUAUUUUCUACUCGUUCAUGGUUCUUUUCCCCUAUGUUAAUAUGACUUAUUGCCUUUACUUCACCAUAGACUGCAGUUUGAGUCAAGCAUCGUGUAACUGAUGACAGAUGAAGACUUGAUGAUGCAACGCCAUUACGAACUGAAGGUUUUUAAGUUCUUUUAUUCCUCUUCUCAUAGCUGCUCUGAAAGUUAGGCCUUACUUGCAAUAUUUUACAACGUGAGCCACAGACGGAUUGCUCUACUGCAUGAAUGUCUGAUUCUUUUGCCAUCCGUUAAGUGGUCUUUGUAUAUCAGAAAUCCCAAUUUCUUAUAUAGUGAUGUGCUUUUGGCGACUUUAAUUUCUCCAGACUCUCCUGGUAAUCUCUUGUUGUGUCAAGUUUAGUUGUACAAACUCUGAAUAUGAACCUAUGUAAACGAUUGUAACAUUCAUUGUCACUGUGAGAGGAAAUAUUUUAUAUUAAAUCUAGAACAAAACAAUAAAUCAUCUCGAAUGAAGCCGCAAAUUUACAUCCAUAAAUGUAAACAACGGAACAGAAAGGAGCCGUGUGCGACACAGGGCAAUUUUGUCGGAAUUCAGCCCGAAUUCACGGGGGUUAUAAUGAGGUCAUUUGCUGAUGAUUGUGACAAGCCCGACUGCGGUUGCGUUCACAUUCAUUUACGGGCAGCCCUUCUCACUUGAUGACUUUGAAUGCUGUCCUUUGGCAUUUUCAAUCAAGAUCAAGGGCACAGGAGCUGGGAGGGGAUGAUUCCAACUCCUCUCUGCAAUUUCCUCUCCCUUCAUGUCUGUGUCAAGCCUCCCUGUCUGCUUGGGCACUGGGAAUUUAAAUGCACUUUUACCGCCAUCAGUUCAGCGCUGGGAAUUGAUCACCCACUGGGAUUUACUACUGCUGUUUCCUCCCAUCACACCCAGUGCAUCUGUUAUUUGAAUAUUUUGCCUGCAACAUAGUCUUGCAACAGAUCUGCUAUCAGAAAGUAUAAAUUGCUUUUUAGUUUUGAUGUUGGAGUUUCAAUUACAAAACCUAGUUAGAUUGUAUUCUCUCUUCACUUUCUCUACAUUUUAUUGCCUAUAAUACUACCAAAUAUUUAACCACUUAAAAAGGAAUAGUUCACCCAAAAAUUGAACACAAAAGAAGAUAUUUUGAAUGACGGUAACCAAACAGUUAAAGGUGGGGUAAGCGAUAUUUCAAAAACGCUGUAUGGAAGUUAGUCGGACUGACACACCAACAAACAACAACAACGGUAGCCAAUCAGCAUUAGGGGGCGUAUGACGGUUGAGAAGAGAGUACGAGCAAGAGCGAGAUUUGAAGAAAGAAUGCAAAAAGAGAGAAGAGACACAAUACAAAAGAGAAAAGCUCAGAAGAAUAUCAUUGGAAUGAAGGGUUAUGACUGGGCUUUAGGACCCGCAUUAAUAUUAGAAAAGCUUUCCAGCGCUGGAGAGAGCUAAGCGGGAAGGGUUAUAAAAAGGAUGCGGAGGCUGCUUUGAUUCUGCUUCACAUGUGAGUAACACUGGGUUUUGAUUGUCUGGAUUGUCAUUCGUUCAUCACCUGUGCUUUAUUUUUUGUGUAGCUUUAUUUUGUUGUGCGUCAGCUGUGAUAAACAGACAUCCACUCUCGCACUGCGUAUGUAACAGAGGCCAGCUAGCGAGAGUUGAGCAGGUAAACCUAUCUCAAGAGGCGCACUGAAGACCGCUAGAGAAUGUUUUCUCGCCUCGCAUGCCGGCGAGUUGUGUUCGACACUGACUUGGAGCAGGGUGGUUAGGAUUGGAGGGUGGGUUUUGGAGGCGUGUGUUUGUUUGGGUUUAUUUCAAAUAUCAACAAUGUCCAACAGCAUUUUUGAAAUAUCGCUUACCCCACCUUUAAUAGGCCCCACUGACUUUCUGUAGUAUUUUUUUUUUUCAUACUAUGGAAGUCAAUGAGGCCCAUCAACUGUUUUUCAAAAUAUCUUCUUUUGUGGUCAGCAGAAGAAAGAAAUUCAUACAGAUUUGGAACAACUUGAGGAUGAGUAAAUGAUGACAGAUUUUGUAUUUUUGGGUGAACUAUCCCUUUAAUUCAAAAUCUGCCGGAUCAAUUGAGCGAGUUGAACCUAAAUUUGUGAACAAAUCAGAUUUAUUAUUUAUAUUCUUCAGUUAUUGUUACACAAAAAAGACCAUUCUGGUCUGGAACACCAUGAAAGAUAAUGGGUUUAAUGUUGGUUUUUAAAAAAAAAAAAAAAGAAAAGAAAAGAAAAAACCUGGCCAAAAAUGCUAUAUUUUUACCCCUGCAUUAGGAAGCCACAAUUUCCUGUGGGUCUGUAAAACGUCCAUUAGAGUUUUGUAUUUUUUUUGAUCACAUUAUAAUGAGGCCUAUUUCACAAAUGCAUAGGAGUAAUAUCUAUAUGAAUAUACAUUUUUCAUACUGUUUUAUCAGGUGAUAUUCACAUUACCUCUUCAGCAGUCACCUGACAGUUUCGGUUAAGGCAAUGGAGUGUAUUGUGCUCCACACUGCAACUCAUUUUAAAUUCCAGAGAAUGUGCAAAAAAAUGAGAAACUCAGUGGGAUGCCAUACUAUUUCUAUUCUCCAUCAUUGCACUGAUAUUUUUAGACCCAUUUUUACCUUUUUUUGUAGCCUACUGGAAAAACUUGCCAGUGGAAAAACAAAUCGUUUUAUAUACUGUAAAUCCUAUGAGAUAUUCACAAUGACAUGAAUUAACAAUGAACAAUUCUUUCUUCAAUAUAUAUUCAUUUUAGUUGUUAAUCUCAACAUCAAACGUAUCUGUUAACAUUAGUUAAUGCACUGUAAAAUAACAUUUUUAUUAACUAACAUUAACAAAGGCUAAUAAAUGCUGUAAAAAUAUAGUUAGUUCAUGUUAGUUAAUGCAUUAACUAAUGAGAUCUUAUUGUAAAGUGUUACCAUGAUAGCAUAAUAUAGCAAUAUUCAUAUUCAGACAUUUGGUCCUAGCCUUUCGUGAGACUCGUUCUGCAAUCUUAUUCAGACAAUUUGUAGAAAAAUGAUUCUGAUCUCUCGAAAAGUAACUGAUCACAAAAUUAAUCUUUGAGUUUGAAUAAAAAGCACAGAAUUCCCAAGAUCUUUUGAUGAAAUGCAAUCAUACUUUAAAUCUAUUCUCCAUACACGGCAUUUGUUCAAGCUCUCUGUUCACUGACUAUCCAAGAAAUGAAGGCUGAGUUUAAAAAGAAAAAUAAUGCCGGAAGGGAGACUGCAUAAUAAAUGAAUGGACUUCUGACUUUUCAGUGACUUUUAGCUUUCUCACACAGAUUAUAAACUCUGAGUCAAUUAUAUAAUGAGAAAAAAAAUCUAACACCAAUCCGGCUUUCGCUCUUUUCCAGAAAGACAUCUGUCUGCAACACUGAUCUAAGACAUCUGUCUGUAGCUUGAGCUGAUAGCAUCUGUCCUUAAUGCUGAACUGGCUUUUGUUUUAUUUUUAAAGAUCAUUACUUAUGUGAUUAUGCAGAUGAAUUUGAAUAUGGCAGGGCUGUUGUAAUUUGAGUCUCGCACUCAGAUCUUCGCUGGAAAGAGAUACUUCUUGAAGUGCUGCUGUUUCUCAGGGGAGUUUGUUCUCCGGCCCUUUGAAACACCAAUUAAAAGGUGGAUCGUGUUCACUUGGGACGUUUUAUGCCUCAAAUGUUUUUCUUUAACAACAGACUUAUCUCCCAGCAGGAGUUUUAGAUCACACAAUACAUCUGGUGGUCGACUUGAUUCUUGAUUAAAGGAAUUCCCUUUUCUUGUGAAAUUGAGCAAUUACUAGUUUAAGUUUGGUUAUAAUUCCAAAUCAUCAUCGCCAAAUGACGUAUAGGCCUAUGCAAUAUUGCCAUAGACAUUGCAGGUUAAAUUAUGGCUGUAUGUAUUAGGGCUGUCGAUCGAUUUGAAUUAUAACUAAAAUAUAGGCAGAUUAAUGGAUUGAAUAAUUAAAGGUACACUAUGUAACUUUUUUUGUUCAAAACUAUCAAUACCAAAUGUGUUUUUGUCUUACCCUAAUUCACUAUUGUAAGCUUAUUUACGAGUGUUUAUAUUUUAGAGCCAACAGGAUGGUUUUCACAGGAAAUUGCGUAUAUACGUCACUCGCCUGUGUGUCUCGUCAUAUCCGUAAAUAGAGAAAAGUUGCCCUGGCUACUUUGACGUGUGUAUGGUGUGGGAGUGGCAUAAGUUAGUUGCCACAACGAGCGAGAAAUGUUGACAUGGAGCAUGUUAGAUCUCCGGGGAAUCACCCAUUUUGAGAAAAUGCAUAACAGCUGGCAAAAAGAAAACACGACAGAGCUCGUAAUAAAACAAGAAUCAACAUUGGCUUGGCUUUUCGGAGAUGGCAAGAACUGAGGGAUUUUAAAUAUUGCCAAAGCAAUGAGGAAAUGGCAUUUUUAUUACUCAACAGGUGAGUAGGGUAUAUUAUUGAACAGACAGCUCUCCAACAGAGUUCAUUGUAAAGCAUUAUAUUGUGAAGGGUCAUUUUAUUAUGGUUCUUGUAGUUCAGAGCUGGAACUUAUUUUCAAGUGUCGUGACUAUUAGUCUAAUGGGUAUAGCUAAUGUCUUCAGCUCAGCUUGAGAUCCCUUUUCAUCUAAACUGGUUAUAUCUCUUAAGCCUAGUAGUGAAUGUUUUAUGAGCAGUAGGAUAACCAUAGAGGUGAAGCACAACCAUAAUAAUGUUCUUCCACAAAAUGCAUGCAGUUUUUUUUAACCACUAGAGGGCCAUGAGUUAGUGUACCUUUAAAACAACAUGGGUCUCAUUCACUAAGUAUGAAUGCUAAACAUGAAUACUAAAACAUAUACGUAGCCUAUGUAAAAUCUGGGUUCAAAGUUUUCACAAAGAAAUCAUAAUUCAUCAAUAAGUUUGUACCUAAAUUAACAUCAUUCAAAAAAAAGAUAUUAUUCUAUAUGACUGAACAUAAACGUUUUCAAGUUUGUCAGUUUGUUCGAGGUAGACAAUAUGUGACCCAUACUGGCAAAAAGAGUUGCAAUGAGCAAAUUUUCAGAAGUGAGUUUUGUUAUUUUUACAUAUAUAUAUAUUCAAAUUUUUUUUCAAUAUUUUUAAUAUUUUGAAGUACUGUAAUUCUGUGUAUAUUGGGAUUGUGCGGUGUCUGAGGCGUGCGCACUUCAGAUCUGUCAGUCAGCGCAAAUAAGAUCACUUUGUUUACAUCAGCAUGAGUUUGAAAAUCACAUGCAAGCAGAGAAAAACUGCAUUUUUCAUGGACAAAGGAAAGGUACUUCUCUCAGAAAACAUACAAAUAAAGAUACUUUUAGAUGUUUAUUUGCUAUUUGAAGCAUUUGGUUCACUAGAUGAGGGCUUAAUGAACUCAUUUUUGUGAAAACUUAAAUUCGACAUUUUUGCCUGUAGCUCGUAAUUAGCCAGUGCGCUUUUCGACUCAUUUUGCCAGCAUGGGUCACAUAUUUGUAUGGGUCAAGGGACAUAAGUAAUUGCAGUAAUGUUUUAUCACAUUAUUUUCUUUAUUUUUUGUAUAAUAAAUUGCACUGUAUUAAAAUGUUAAAAAUUAUGACACUCAUAAUUUGCUUUUAUCUCAAACUCCCAACAGCUCUAGAGAGAAUUCAACACAAUUUGACAAAAAAAGAUGAAAGCCAAGCCUCACGAUACAUGUUCAAACUCAAUAUCACACCGGUUUAUGAAUGUAGAGCAGUAUUUACUGAAAAACCUUUGAUUAUUUCCCCACACAAGCCUAGAAUUCCAACAUCGCCUUUUGCCAUCUUGUCACCGGCCCAAACUAAAGCAGAGAGUAAUUCACCGGCAGAUCAACAACAGUCUGCAUUUCAUUUCACAUUGAAAAGAGUUUUAAAAAAACACCACUGAUUUCCAUAUCAAUCACAGUAGCCUGUUAUUUCUGUACCUGUGUGUGCGUGUAUGUGUGAUUCAUUUCACAAAGCUCGCCAGUGCUGAAUUAUUGGUAUUCUUUAUGAUUCCUCCACUGCUGGUGUCACCCAGUGCCAUGUUAGGAAAUGUAAAGUGUUACGGUCCCCCCCCCCUCCCCCUGACAAAGGCACGUCAAAGCUUUGUGAAGGAUCUUUGAAAUGGAGAGAGGUAAGCGCCUGAGGGAAAGGUUUUCCACUGCAAUGAAUUUCAAUAAAGACGCAAGGGUAAGAUACGGCACAACUCAACAGUCCAUUUUUGCCUAAUCAGGUCACAUCGAGACUAACAGUGUCAGAUUAAUAUUCUCUCCUUCAAUGUCCAAUUACUGCUUAUUCCAUAAAAAAAUUCCAAUUAUUAUCCUUAUCAUUGCGGUUUCUCAUGUGCCAGCAGGCCACAUUCCUUACCCUUGGGUUUUUGCCACUGAUUAGAAUGUGAGAUUACUGUAUGAAAACACCACACAGACUCACUGGUGAGACAUUCUCAAGAGCCAUAAAAUAGACACAAAUCAAGUUUGCAGGUGACACAAUUUCUGGUCAUCCUUUGGUGUAAAUGCAAGCAUAAAAUCAAUUUGCUGUACUAUGUGCUUACAAAGGUAGUUUCAUAACUGAAAUGAAACAAAGGCAAACAAAUCAAUCUCUCAAUUUAAAGUAAUACAGUAGAACUCAAUGAACUUGUUUCUGAGGGAGGCGAAAUAUGGAAAUCAAAGGCUGUCUUUUCUCUGGUAUAUUUUAUGCUUGAAAAGUUAAAAGAAACAGUCUUUAUAACUAUUCUAAAUUGUUAAAAAUGUUAUUUUCGGUUAUUUUGUUAUAUUCGUAUAGUCCUAGGAAACAAAUGGCUCUGUUUGAGUAUAGCUCCAGUUAUUUGGGGUUCAGACUUUAGAAGGGAGAAAAUAAUAUUUGAGAGAGAGCGGAAAAAUCAAUAUUGAAUCACAGGAAGCAUAAUCUGACAUCUCAAUGCUCAGCCAACGAAUUAUCAGGCAAUGGAUUUUUUAAUGUCAUACUAUAUUUAGUUAUUUUAUACAUAAAAAAAAAAUCUAUUUAAUUUUGUUUUAUUUAACAAUUAAGUUUCAUAUGUAGGUCCCAUGAAGUAAUUUAGCUACGUCUUUAGACUAUAGUGACAUGAACCUAUUCAUGUGUGGUGUGGCAUUGUUGGACUCCUCCAGGAAAAAGCAGGAAAGCUGUGUCUGUAUAAAUGAAAACUGAUUAGAUAUUAUUCACAGCCUGAGAAUGCAACACAAACUGGAUGCGUCACUUUCUGAAAGAAUUAAUCACUCCAGCUGUUAUUUACAUUCUAGUUUAAAUUAAAUUGUCCUCAUAAAUCUUAGUUUCGCCACUAUAUUUCCUUCUGUUCUGGGUGAAUGAGUCCUUCCCUUUUGAAGCUUCACAAGUUGUUUGAAUGGAUUUUUCUUCUCAGGGGUGUUGGUGGUUGUUUGUGAGGAGUUCUGAAAAUAUUUUUGUUUAAUCUGCUUGAAUGGCUGGUCAGUUAAUAGUAAAAAUAAGUGCUAAACAUGUCUGUAUAUCCAAGCUGAGAAGCACUAUAAAUGCAAAUUGAGGGAACAAUGUAAAUACCAUCACAUUUGCAUCAAAAGGCAGACUGAGCGCAGCACAUAAUUGGAAAAUUAAUAGAUUCCACAUGAUCAGUUCCAAUCAAAGAGACACAGUUUGAUCAAGUGUUGUCUCAAAGAAUUGCUGUGUUUUUGUACAGAAAAAUGGGUUGCAACUUUUUAAAAAAGAUGUUUUGAGUGUUUUUAGUGGCAUGAAGCAGGGUGGGGCCGAGAGCUGGGGGACCGAAGCGAGGCCAGUGAAGAUAAUGCUAAUGAGCAACACCUGCGUCACACACCAGUCUAGAGGAGCUCCGCAAGGAUAUAAGGAGAAGUGACGACAGUGAAAGGCAAGAGAGGACCAGGCCUGGGACUUUAUGUUGUGGUUUUGAUUACGUUUAUGUGGCAGUUGUUGUUUAUGUAUAUUUUGUUAUUAAAGUUACACUUGCCGGUUCCCGCCUCCUCCUUUUUUGGGUCUUGAACUUUGUUACAUACAUAUAUUUCCUUAAAUUA